GAGGUGUGAAGUCCCGGUUGACCACCCGUCUCUGGAAAAGUGCUGCUCGAAAGCUCGCGAAACGGUUGGCAUCGAGUGCGUCGUCUUACAAGCUAAACGCGCGAAACCCCAGUUGAUCGAUGAGCCUGUGAGCACUGCGGGAAGAGCGCGUGUGUCCACAGCGUGCAAGUCAACAACAGCAAGUUCAGACGACACAGGCGUACGAAAAAAAAAAUUCUCUUCCUCAAACUCUCGCUUUUCUUCUGCAUCCCUCGCCGUUGCCGCCAUGGAGGCUAUCAUCGAUGCAGUCGGCAGUAAGACUGUCGCUGCUCUCCAACUGCUCAUGCCUUCGUUCCACUUCUGGUACUCCACGUCGUUCUGGGUCUGCGUGUUCUGGGGUCUAUGGAUCCACCGCUAUCUUCGCCUUCUGGUUCACUGUGUCAGUCACUGGACAUACAAAUCCAAGCCAAUCCCAGCCAAGCCCUCGUUCACCAGCAAAGAUGUGACAGUGGUCAUUCCUACGAUUCAUAAUGUGUUUGAGGAACUCCGCCCCGCCCUGGAGAGUAUCUUGGCUUGCGAGCCGUAUGAGCUUCUCAUGGUCACCACCAACGACAAGCGCAAGGACCUCGAGCUCAUGGCCGCCACACUCCCCCACGACCGUGUCCGCGUCAUGUCUGUUGCCAUUGCCAACAAGCGCAUCCAGGUUUGCGAGGCUCUGCCUAACGUGCAGACGUCCAUCACAAUCAUGGCCGAUGAUGACGUGACCUGGCCCAAGACACUCAUGCCCUGGUUGCUUGCUCCCUUUGAGGACCCCAAGAUUGGUGGCGUUGGCACCUGUCAGCGCGUCCGUCGCGAGUGGGACGCUCCCCUGGCGGACCGUCUCUGGAACUGGCUCGGCGCGGCCUACAUUGAGCGACGCAACUUUGAGAUCUCGGCAACGCACAACAUGGACGGUGGCACUUCUUGCAUGUCUGGGCGCACCGGCGCUUACCGAACGGAGAUUCUGUCCAGCCACGACUUCCUUCACGGCUUUAAGAACGAAAAGUGGAGGAAGUGGAUAUUGAAUGCUGACGACGACAACUUUGUCUCUCGCUGGCUGGUCAGCCACCAGUGGAAGACCUGGAUCCAGUACGAGUCCGAGUGUGAGAUUGAGACGACCCUGGAGAAUGGCGUCAAGUUCCUGUACCAGUGCUCCCGCUGGGCCCGCAGCAACUGGCGCAGCAACUGGACGAGUCUCGUCCGGGAGCGCUACGUCUGGAAGCAACAGCCGUGGAGCACCUACGCUCUGCACAUUGCGACCUUCACCUCCCUGGCCUUCCUGUUUGACCCCCUGCUCUUGGCGACGUGCUGGUGGGCUACCGCCGAGUGGGACAUGCAAAACCGCUUGUAUGCGUUCUGGGCGCAGUUCGUCUUCAUGUUCGCCUUCACCAAAGUGGUCAAGCUUGUUGGACUCUUCCGCCGCAAUCCGAGCGACAUCAUGUACCUGCCUCUGUCCAUUGUCUUUGGAUACUUCCACGGCCUCAUCAAGCUCUACGCUCUGAUCACUCUUAAUAUGGUGAGGUCCCUCGCAACUCACGUUUUUUGGUAAUCAGGCUAACAAAGGUCAACAGACGUCUUGGGGCAGCCGUGCCGAUGGUGACACCAAUGACGAGGAGCGUUUGGCUCCCGCCCCCCAGCCAUCAAUUGUG